AUGCCUUUUUCUUCAUCCAUGGAUCCCAAGAGUGGUGCAGUCCGCCAGGAGAACUGCCCCCGUGGGGGAGAAGGCGUGGUUUUGCCUUCUUAUUGGACAGUUGGUCCCGGAAAUGCAAAUGAGACUCCUGUUGCUGGGUGGGAAUUGGCUAAGGAAAAGGUGGAGGCGGGGCUGGGCCCCGGGCCACUUCACGGAGCGGGAAAAGGAGGGGGAAGGAAUGUCACAACUGGGACCCGGUCUCAGAGAAUAAACAUUGAUGUGGCUGAGGACCGAACCAUUAUUGGGUUUGGGGGGCAUCAGAGGGGCUACAGGGGUCUGUGGGAGGAAGAAAGUGGGGUCUCCUGCAAGUGGGGUGGGGGAGGCGCCUCUUCUGAGCUCCAAGCCGGCGAGACACAGGCAAGGGCUGGCGGCGGCCACAUCUGCACUGGGGGGGCCGGUGCGCAUCUGCACGAGAAAGAGCUGCCGGCCAGGGUCCCCGCCACGCUGCCUGCCGCCCCCACCCCCAUCGGCGCGCGCGCGCGCCCAGCCCCGCUGGCUGGCAGACACGCGCUCGCGCUGCCUCCCUUGGCUUGCCCCCACGCUACCACCCCCGAUUCCCCGAGGGUCCCGCAUCCGGAAAUUCAGCUCCGGGAUCCGCAGCCUGGCGUCCCGGCGCGCACCAUGCGGGCCCUGCUGCUUCUCGGGAGCAUCGCGCUGCUGGCCUCCGCCGCGGGUCCAGCCAGGGCGCGCCCAUCCAACGAUACGAGCGCAGUGGCACCGGGCCCGCUACCUGCGCUCCUCGCGCACCUGCGGCGCCUAACCGGGGCUCUGUCGGGCGGCGGGAGCCCGGCGGGCACCGGCGCUAACGCCACCAAGACCAGCCCCGCGGGUGGCGCGGGUGCAGCGGCACGGGCGCCCCCUCCGGCCGAGCUCUGCCACGGCUACUACGAUGUCAUGGGCCAGUACGACGCCACCUUCAACUGCAGCACUGGCUCCUACCGCUUCUGCUGCGGCACCUGCCACUACCGCUUUUGCUGCGAGCACCGCCACAUGCGCCUGGCGCAGGCCUCUUGCUCCAACUACGACACGCCACGCUGGGCCACCACGCCUCCGCCUCUAGCCGGAGGCGCCGGGGGCGCUGGGGGUGCGGGCGGGGGCCCGGGACCGGGCCAGGCAGGGUGGCUGGAAGGGGGUCGGGCCGGGGGCGCUGGGGGUCGUGGGGGCGAGGGCCCCGGGGGCAGCACGGCCUACGUAGUGUGCGGAGUCAUCAGCUUCGCCCUGGCGGUGGGCGUCGGUGCCAAAGUGGCCUUCAGCAAGGCGUCGCGUGCGCCCAGAGCGCACCGGGAGAUCAACGUGCCCAGAGCUCUGGUGGACAUUCUGAGGCAUCAAGCAGGACCUACAACCCGCCCAGACCGGGCCCGAAGCAGCUCUCUGACCCCAGGGCUAGGAGGCCCAGAAAGCAUGCCUCCCAGGACACCCAAGAACCUUUACAACACCAUGAAGCCCUCCAACCUCGAUAACCUGCACUACAACGUCAACAGUCCCAAGCACCGCGCUGCCACACUGGACUGGCGAGCCAUGCCACCACCCAGCCCCUCCCUGCACUACUCCACGCUGUCCUGCUCUCGAUCCUUCCACAACCUCUCGCAUCUUCCCCCAUCCUAUGAGGCUGCUGUGAAAUCAGAACUGAAUCGCUACUCCUCUCUCAAGAGAUUGGCUGAGAAAGAUCUAGACGAAGCCUACCUGAAGCGCAGACAUCUAGAGAUGCCCCGUGGAACCCUGCCUUUGCAUGCACUGCGGCGGCCUGGUACUGGAGGUGGCUACCGCAUGGAUGGCUGGGGUGGUCCCGAAGAGCUGGGCCUGGCACCGGCACCCAACCCCCGGCGGGUUAUGUCUCAGGAGCAUCUGCUGGGUGAUGGCAGAGCUUCCCGCUAUGAGUUCACAUUGCCUCGAGCGCGGCUGGUGUCUCAGGAACACCUGCUGCUGUCCUCACCGGAGGCCCUCCGCCAGAGUCGAGAGCACCUGCUGUCACCACCACGAAGUCCUGCACUGCCUCCAGACCCCACCACCAGGGCCAGCCUGGCUGCCUCACACUCCAACCUGCUGCUGGGGCCUGGGGGCCCCCCCACACCACUGCAUGGGUUGCCUCCAUCAGGCCUGCAUGCCCACCAUCACCACGCCCUUCAUGGCUCUCCUCAGCCAGCCUGGAUGUCCGAUGCAGGGGGGGGUGGGGGCACACUGGCCCGCCGGCCACCCUUCCAGCGCCAGGGAACCCUGGAGCAGCUUCAGUUCAUUCCUGGGCACCACCUGCCACAGCACCUGCGCACUGCCAGCAAGAAUGAAGUGACUGUCUGAGGCCAGGGUAGAGCGCUGGGGGCUGCGGCUUCUGAGGCCCCCUCCUCCCAGCCCAGAUCUCCAUCACAGGCUUAUCAUACACACCAAGGGUCUGAGACCAGAUGGGCCCUUGGAUCGGAGACCACGCCUCCUUUUGGGAUGUCACAGUAGAUGAGAUCUCUCCUCCUACUUUGUCACUGUUUGAACCAAGGCCUCCUUCCCAUGAUGUCAUCGCAGAGGAAGAGGCCUGUACAUGAGGUCAUCGCUAGCAAAUAUGUCUGUGUUCUAUGAUGUCAUUGCAGGAACUAAACCUCCUUCCUAUGAGGUCACCACAGAGGAAGAGGCCUGCCCGUGAGGUCAUCACUAGAGGCUGUGUCCAUUUUGCAUGACAUCACCAGAGACUCCUUCCCUGUGAUGUCACCACAGACAAUGCCUUGUCCCAUCCCAUCAUCCCUAGAAACAAAGAUUUCUUCUGUGAUGUCACUGCAGAGACAAGUCUCCCACUUCUUGAGACUUCUUGAUAUCAUCCUGAGCUCCAAGGCCUCUUGAAACUGUCCAGAUGUUUCUCUGCUGUGGAGAAGAUGCCUCUGCCCCACGAUGCCAUGACUACAGACUAAGCCAUUUUCCUGGAACACACUGCAGGGGACCGUGCCCUGCCGUGUGUCCUCACUAAAGAUUAGGCCUCCUUCCCACAGUGCUGUCACAGGAUUUUGCCUCCCUCCUGUGAUGCCAUCACCAGAAUAGGUGCCUUGCCCGAUGGCGCCAUCACAGGGACUGUGCCUCUUCAAGCGAUGUCAUUACCAGUAAUGACCACCUGUCCCAGGGACCUCUCCAGGAGGAGGCCCUGCUGUGGUGUGACCACCAGUUACCACCUGCUUGGAAAUGACACCAGGGGACACCUCUGUUGUGCUGGGUUGUGAUAAAGUUGGGCGUGUCCAGCCCAAGACCAUUUUGGAAAGAUGCCAGAGAAAGCGGCUUUUCCUGAGAUGUACUAUGAGGGUGUCAGCACUGGGGAUGCCAAGACAGUGACCUGUCUGUAGGAGGCUGGCGAUGAUGCCCUCCAUCGCCUGGACAUCAUCAUAAAGGAUUUCCCUUCUGAGGCGGUCCCCACUCUCGAUGGCCACCAGUAGUGAUUGUCAUCAGAGUCCUUGUCUUGCUUCCCUAUAACUUAGCUCCAUGGCUUCUUCCCAUGACCCCAGGGACAUGGCCAACAGGAUGUCUACCAGCACCUCUAAAGGGAGGUUGGGCUUGUGCAGUGAGUCCUUGGGGAUGGUACCCACGGAUGAGCUUCAGCUCCAAGGAGGCCACUUUGAUCCAUGAGGCUUCUAAAUCCUGGGACUCAUAGGUGGGCCAAAGGCUGGCAUUACUUCUUUCUGCCAUAUCUAAAGACAUCAGCUCUGUCAACAGAGCCCCCAUCUCCUAUUGGAGGGAGAGGGUUGGAGUGUAUGUGCCGCUGACCUUGCCAAUGACAUCAUCAAUGCUACCCAGUGUACUCCUUUCAUGAUGGCAUAGCAGUUGGGGUCCAGUGUUAAUCAUGUCAUUUCCCAGGAUUCCAUAAGACUGACCUCAACUAGCACAUCAUCAUCUACCAGGAAUUGUCACCACUAAUGAUAUCACCAUUGUCUCCCAACAUUCCUCCCAACCAUGAUGUCACCACCUCCCAGGAUCCACAUAACAUGCCAUCAUCACCAUCUCCUAUGAGCCGCCACAGCAUGUUCUCAUCACCUCCCAGAAUCAUCACAAUAUGCUCACCUCAUCAUCUCCCAGGAGCCAUCAGAACCAUGUUGUCUUCAUCAUUCCCCAGCAUUCACUACAGCCAUAGGUCCCCAUCAUCUCCCAGCAUUCACUACAGCCAUAGGUCCCCAUCAUUUCCCAGCAUUCACUACAGCCAUAGGUCCCCAUCAUUUCCCAGCAUUCACUACAGCCAUAGGUCCCCAUCAUCUCCCAGGAGCCAUCAGAACCAUGCUGUCCUCAUCUCUCAGGAGCCACUACAACCAUGAUGUUCUUGUCUCCCUAGUUGUGUCAUGACUGAUGAUGUCCUUACCUUCCACAAUCCAUUAUGCCUCGUGGUGGCACUCUCCAAGAGGACUUGUUAGGACGGAUAGUGCCGAUGUUUCCAUCAUCACAGUGCUGCCAUCUCCCACGAUCUACUUCUGCCACGUCUCAUGUCUCAGCCACUAGAGCUAUGAUGUCACCACUUCAUAAGAUCCACUGCAACUGUGGUGUCCUUGGAUUCAUGCAGCCAUGCAUCGCCACAUCCCGGAUCCAUCUAAGUGUCACAGUCAUAAUCCACAGGAAUCCACGAGAGCCAUGCUGUCACCAUCUCCAGGCCCCACUCCAGUCAUGUCCUGUCAUGACUCAUCAGGAGUCACUGUAACCACGGUGCAUCACCUCCAAUCAGCCAUAAUAGCCAAUGGUGUCUUCAUCUCCCAGGACCCACUCGAACCCCAGUGUCUCCGUGACCUAGGGUCCCUGAGACCCAGUGAUAUCAUUAUCCUUGGGGUCUCCCAUAACCACGGUGUCAUCACCUCCUGGAUCCAUGACAACAAAAAAUGCCAUCAUUUCCAGAGUUCACUUCAGUCAUGGCGUCGCUGCCUCCCAGAAUCCACGUUAAAACUGUCCUCGUCACCCAGGAUCCACCAUCUUAGGGUUCUCUGGGGUCUCAAGGCAUUUACAGUUCCUCCCUUCAGGGGAACCAGCACAACAGGCCAUUUCCCAUUCCCUCCACAGGACUAGGGUGGAGCCAGCUGUCUCCCUCGGAUAGUGUCCCCCUCCCCCACUCUGGCCCUUCUUGAUUAUGUCACUGCCUCGCUCCUGAUCUGAAUACAUACCUGGGUCCAGACGUGGCCUUGGCCAGCCUCCUUCGCCCACUGGUGAGUGCAUCCAAACUCUUCCUUGUGUCACCACUGUCCCUCACCCAGCCAUCAGAUCGGUGACAGGGUCAACCCAGUGACUUCACAGCAGUAGCAGAGGUGGGGCUUCCCAUCCCUUGGGCGGCAUCACUGCCCUACCCCACUCAAACCCUGUUAAUUGGACCCCACCACCAGAUCAGAACUCACUAGCUAGGGCCAAACUCUCUUUAGAAUCUUGGCCUGUGGGAAGAUGCCACAGCUGGCAAACCACCUGCUGGCCAGUUCCUGGGGUGGGGAUACCUGAGAGCAUUGGCCACUGCUACCUUCACCUGCAAAGGCCAAGAAGGGUGCUCCUUCACCCCUUCCCGUAACACACCAGGGAGUCCCUAACACCCAGUGCACAAUUUGACCCUCCACACAGUUCUCUGUACAUAUAGCCAUGUUUCAGGGGGGCGGCCAUUCCCCACUCUUAAAGGGCUACAUGUCCCCCUCCCAGCCCCCAAGGCGAGGAGGGGGCUCUUCUCCCUCCUCUGGGCCGCCCUCUCCCUCUUAUACCCUCUUACCCCACCAAAUAUUGGCCUCUGUGCUCAUCCCUUCUCGCCAAGAGCCUGGAUGGGAUAGAUGGUGCCAGGGUCUCACCAUCGAGGAAGGUAGGAUGUCACCACCAAUCCUCCUAAAAUCCAGCGCCAGGUUUUCAGUCUCCCGGCUAAUAGAAGUUCCGUGGGCUCCCCUUCCAUUCUAGGGCCUCCCUUCAAGCGCGCUUAACACUCCCACGGAACACACAACUUUCUUCAGCCCCCAGCAUCGCAGGGGUGCGGGAGCUUUCGGCUUUUGUUUGCCCCUUCUCUCAGUCUCUCCCUCCCCCCUUCCUAACUUGGAUUCCUUCCUGGGAUCUGCCCUCCCCGCCCCCCAGCCUCUAACCCUCCAUUCACCCGCCUGACCCAGGAGCCUUGACCUCUUAUCUCAAUAAAGCCAUAGUAGGGAGAGGUCUCACCCCCCCCCCCCACUAGCACCACGAUGCUUCCAGAGCUGGGACCUGGCCUUCUGAGUCUUCCCCACUGUUCCCCAGUAAACACACAAACACACAUGAAUGGGGUGUGCACUGCCCGUGCAGGGAAGCAGCUCCCCUUCUGGCUGGGGCUUGCAGAGGGGAUGUCAGAUUGAAAUGCUCCACCGAAGGACCCUCCACACCUCUGAAUCCCAGCCUCUCUCCCCUCCCCUACUCUUCCUUCCUGUGCUGAACCCACCUUCGACUUCCUGAUGAGGACAGCGAGAAGAGCUGGCGCUCAGUGGGGGGUGGUUUUUGUUUUGGAAUAAACAGCUGUUUUUCCUGAUCUCCAGUCUCCAGGUUUUCACUGGGAAAUUGGGGACCUCCUCCCACUUUGUAGUAGAUACAGGCUUGGCCAAAGGCAAAAUGAUAUUUGUCAGGGGAGAAACUUCUAAAGGCACCUUCUAAAGGUGUUUCCCGA